ACAAACGAAAACGCACUAGUGUAGACAGGCCCUAAGUAUGAGAUAUGUAUAUUUUUUAGCGGUUUGUAAAAGGAGACUGCUUGCAAUCGUUGGGCUGCUCUUGUAUCUUUUCGACAUCGCAACAGAUUUCUACGUGGCUUAUAAAUAUUGGGAAAAUGGAGAUACUUGGUGGUUCGGAAUGACGGUUACCUUUAUCGGUGUUCAUUCAAUUAUAGUAAAUAUAACAUCGUUGGUACAACAUAGGAAUCUAUGGUCAUGUUUUGCCAGCGUUCUACAAUUGUCUUUGGUGAUUCGAUACAUCGAAAAAAUAUAUAAAAAGGAUAACAAUCCCUAUUCAUUCGCAAAGUUGCGGCAUGUGGAGACAAUUUUCGAGUCCGCUCCUCAGUGGUGCCUUCAGACGUACGUCAUGUUACGUAAGUGGCAUUUCCCAUGGCACAUCGUGAUCUCGAUUGUACUGUCAUUCCUGUCCUCAGCGUGGAGUAUUACAGAACUGGAGAUUGCAGCAAGAUACGAGGACGAUCAGCAAGUCGGUCUCAAUUUAAAGGAGAAAGUCUCUUUUCUGGUUUGGCAAUUAUUUACGCUUCUGUCACGAUUAUAUGCCAUCGUAUUUUUCGCUUACGUGUUCAGAUAUUACGUGAUUCUCGUCCUUCCAAUUCACUGGUUGCCGUUUAUUUUGAUGAUAGUAAUCGUGAAAAGAAAUGAAAUCUUUGACGACAGAAAUGGGAAAGCCGUAGCCGAAUCAUUUCUGAUGAGUUUUUCUUCUCUCUUUCAUUCUCCGGGGAGUUUCGCGCUAAUUGACAAAGAUAUUCGCAAAGCUAAUAUGAUCUUGGGGCACAUAUUCAUCGUUAUUGGAAACAUCGUCAUGGUGGUUUUGUGUCUAACAGAGGGUAUACCAAAAGUGUCCCCUUCGAAAAGCGUGGAACCGGAGACAGUACCACACAUGGACGUAUUGAAACCAAUUGCCAUUGCAUUCCUUUCUGUGGGAUCAUUCGUGUCGUCCAUCUUCAUAGUUAUUUAUUGCAAACUUACAAACCGGUUUGAUUCGGUUUAAACUAUAACAGUGAUUACAAUAAUCGAAAUAUUUCAACAGUUAUGCAUACAUCUAUCUGAGUACGAAAGACUGAUACUGGGAUAAACAAAGACUUUAUCUUAAUGGAGUUUAGUAUUGAAUUUGCAAAACACAGGAUGAGAAACACGAGUUACUUCAUCGAAUUUUAUUUACUACAGAACUGUUUCUUAUUACAAGCGUUAAGCUUGCCACGCUCAUCAGGUAAAUAAUAUUAUUACAACAACAAAACGACUAUAUACAAGAGACGCAUAAUUAAUUAGGUCUUGCUACAUGUUAUGUUCUGGUUACAGUGCAUGUUACUUAAUGUUACUUAAUGUUCGAUGCCGACAUGUGGAAACAAGUUCAUUACGCUUGUUCAAAGAGCUUAAUUCAGGAUGAC